GUCGGAUAAGGAACCGAUGAAAUCCCCUUCCAAUACUCACAUAGUCCGUGAAGCUCUAUUCCCAUCCUGUUGACUUUAUUAUUUGCGCCCUAAGUCUUAUUGCAUCGGCUCUUGACGCCCUUACCCCAACAUGGUCCGCACAGAGCCUUAUUCGGAGCAAAUUGACUUCAAAGACCUCGCCAGCAAAGACUACCGUUUGGGAAACCUCCAAAGCUACGAUGGAUAUACCGACUUCACAGACCCUAGGGUCUAUCAAGCGGUCACAAAGGCUGUGCUAAGAGUCGACUUCGGUCUAGAGAUCGAGCUCCCCUACGAUCGGCUUUGCCCUCCAAUUCCAAAUAGAUUUAACUAUGUUGUCUGGAUCCAAGCUCUUCUCGAUCAAACCGGACCAAACUACGGAGACGAAGCCGACGCUAACCGUGAGAUUGUUGGCCUAGAUAUCGGAACAGGAGCAUCCGCAAUCUACGCCCUACUAAUCCUCGCCAGUCGCCCGAAUUGGCGAAUGUGCCUUACAGACAUCGACAAGAAAUCUUUCAACUACGCGGGCAGAAACCUCGCACUUAACAACCUCCUCUCACGCAGCACGCUUCUCCAAACCACCAACAUCCCUUCACUAAUCCCGUUGCAUGGUCUAGGUGUGGAGAAACUCGACUUUACCAUCUGCAAUCCACCAUUCUUCACUAGCGAAGAGGACAUGCACAAAAGCAUGCAAGGUGAAGGCAAGGUCUAUCGGCCACAUGCAGGGUGCUCCGGAACACCAACCGAGAUGGUCUGUCCUGGUGGUGAUCUUGGCUUCGUCACUCAAAUUAUCGACGAGAGUCUGGUUUUGCGGGAAAGAGUGAGGUGGUACAGUAGUAUGCUAGGGAAACUAGAGAGCGCCCACAAAGUCAUCACCAUCUUGCGAGGACAUGGAAUCGAGAAUUACGCUGUAGGCGUCAUUGACACUGGCGGGAGGACCAAGAGGUGGAUCGUCGCUUGGAGCUUUGGCGUCUACCGACCGCGGAAUGACAUCGCUCGACCAGACCGCUUUGCGCAUGAAUAUCUCCCAUAUCCGACACUAUACAAAAUCCCUUUGGCCCCCACUCAGGACCCAGAAACGGUCACAAACACUAUUUCCACUCAAUUAUCUUCGCUCGACCUCACCUUUGAUACCUCCACCGGUGUUGGUGAGACGCCGCGGGAUGUUUGGAGUCGGAAGUACCGGUUCCUAAAGAGGAAAGCUCAUGAAGCUGGGGAGAAGUUGAUGAUGACGGGAGAUGUAGUCUUGGCGUUUAGAGUCCAGGUGAAGGAAGAGCCGAAAGAGGUUACUAUUGACUGGCUGAGAGGCAGUGACAGGCAUAUCUGGGAGAGCUUCUGUGGCUUCCUGCAUCGGGUAACCAGAGAGGUGAACUGGUUUUAGUUCCACAAAAAUGCAUGGCUGAAUCUUCGAGGCUAGAAGCUGAAAUUUAUAGGGAACAAUAUCCAAACGAUACAUGUCUGAAAUCAGGCUUAGGGUUUAGGCAGGCAGGAAGGUAGACACCCAACUAGGUCAGCACGUGAGUGUCACGUGCCAUCUUG